GAGAUUCUCAGCCUCACGAAGCACAGCGAGUGGCGGUGGAUUUCCACGAAGAACAAUAUCGCCGACGAUUUGACGAAGUGGAAGAGCGGCAGCAGUUUGGAUUCGAACGGACCGUGGUUUCGAGGUCCGAGAUUCCUUUAUCAGCCGGAACAGCGAUGGAUGAAGCAGGAAGUGGUAGAGCCGAACACGCCAGAAGAGGUUCGGGCAUGCCAUCUGUUCCACGACCUUUCAGCAGAAGAGCCGAUGGUCGACGUGUCCCGCAUUUCCCGUUGGAAAGUGCUGGUCCGGACGGUAGCAUGCGUGUACCGUUUCAAAUCUAACUGCGUCAGGAAGCGGAAAGGGCUGGCGAUCGAGGCUGUUCCGGCACCACCAAGAGUGCGAAGCGCAGCGAAGAAGGCAAUACCAGCGAUAACAGUCCCACUGAAGCGAGAGGAGUAUCAGCGAGCGGAAACGUACCUGUGGCGGUCGGCGCAGGCCGAUGUCUACGGAGAAGAAAUCAAGACGUUGGCGAAGAACCGUGAAGUUCCACGCGGCGAGUGGCAGCCGAUAGAAAAGUGUAGCAGCCUGUACAACGAUAGCCCGUUUUUGGACGCGGAUGGUGUGCUCCGGAUGGAAGGCAGAGCGGCUCAGGGUUCAUUUCUCCCUUUUGAAUUGCGGUUUCCGGUGAUUCUUCCGAAGCGGCAUCCCACCACUCGGAAGUUGCUUGAGUUCUAUCACCAGCAGGCGGCUCACGCAAACGCGGAGACAGUGAUCAACGAUGUCCGGCAACGUUUCCGGAUCCCGAAUCUACGAGCGGAGUUGAAGGCGGUGGCGAAGGCUUGCGUGUGGUGCAGAACAAAGAAGUGCGCGCCGAAGAUUCCCAGGAUGGCUCCCCUUCCGUUGGCGCGGAUCACUCCUGGCUGGCGGCCGUUCAGCUUCACAGGGCUGGACUAUUGCGGUCCGGUCACAGUUACUGUUGGGCGUAGGUCGGAAAAGCGAUGGAUCUGCCUCUUCACGUGCAUGACGACGAGAGCGAUUCACCUGGAAGUGGCCCACAGUUUGACGGCGCAGGCGUGUUUGAUGGCGAUCCGGCGUUUUGUGUGUCGGCGGGGCAAACCGGUGGAAUUCUACUCCGACAACGGAACGAAUUUCCAGGGAGCGAGCAAAGAGAUUAUGUGGAAGAUAGAGGGGGACUGUGAAGAAGCGAUGACGGAUGCGAGGACCAGGUGGAAUUUUAAUCCACCGAGCGCGCCCCACAUGGGCGGAGUUUGGGAGCGGCUAGUUCGUUCCGUGAAAGCAGCACUGGCGGUGCUAAAUGACGGAAGACGAUUGACGGACGAAGUGCUGUUGACUACGUUGGCAGAAGCAGAGGAUCUGGUGAAUUCGCGUCCGUUGACGUACUCUGGACUUGGUCCGGAAGCAAGCGAAGCGUUGACACCGAACCACUUCGUGAAAGGUCCAGAGGUGGCGGUAGAGCGGGUUCGGAAGACAGACGAGGGUGAAGCGUUGCGGGACCUCUACAAGCGAUCGCAGGCACUGGCAGACCGCCUGUGGAAGCGAUGGGUAGCGGAGUACGUGCCAGCAAUCAACCAGCGUACCAGGUGGCACGCAGAGGUACAACCGAUCAGCCAGGGCGACCUGGUGUAUAUAGCGGACGAAGGAGCGAGGAAGAGUUGGACGCGAGGCGUGGUCAGCAAGGUGUACCCAGGCCCUGAUGGACGAGUACGGCAAACACUGGUCAAGACGGCGAAAGGGGAGUUCAGGCGUCCGGUGGCGAAGUUGGCUGUGCUGGAAAUUCAAGCGCGUAACUCUGGCGGCGAUGGAAGAUCCCCCCCCGGAAUUACGGGGAGGGGGUAUGUUAGGACAACCCAACAUCGAGCAACCGUCCGCACGGCGCAGAUGAAGGUGACAGCUGGGCAGCGGUAUGGUGUGCGUGAUAGGUAGGCGAAUUGAGGUCGUCGAAUUCCGACAGGCAGAAAAUGUAAACACAGAGAGAGAGAGAGUAGUAGAUGAUUUGUACAUUUAGUAGGAUUGUGGCCAUUGCAAAUUUGGUGAAAUAGAAAAGUGAAUUCUAGUGCAAAGUUUUAGUUUGCUAUUUGUUAAAGAUUUUGUUUGAGUGAAAGCGGACGAUAUUGAGAACGAGCUGGAGAUCCGGGAAGCUAGAUAGGGUAUUUCGGAUACAGCUAUCAUCAAGCGAGUCCCGAGCAGUCGAAGAUAACCUGAAAGGGGUAAAAAGGGAUUAAAGAAACUAUAAAAUGUAAGUUGAUAAAAGUAGUUUUAA